AUGGCGAAAAAAUCUAAGAAAGGAGGCAAGUCCGGAGGUGACUUCUGGGAUGAAGAAAUCGAAGUUGAGCAGAAUUCGGAGGGAACAUUAGAUCAGGAUCCCGAUGCUGUCGCUGAAGAGGAGCCAUCUCAGGAUGAUGACUUUCUUAAUUCUAUUCGAAGCUCAAAGAAGAAGAAAGAAGCCAAGGAAAAGGAGGAAAAGGAGAAGAAAGAUGGUCCAAAACUUUUAAGUAAGAAAGAAAAGGAAAAAUUGAAGAAGGAAGCUGAAAAGCAAGCGAAGAAGGAGGCCGCAGCGAAGAAGAAAGCCGAUCAAGCAGCUAAAAAGGAGCAGAUCAAGGAGGCUAACAAGCAGAACGCUGCAGCUAAUGCCGAGAAGAAAGCUGAGCAGCAAAAAGCAACUUCAGAGGAACCAGAGAGCAAAACGCCAGUGAAGAAAGGAAAAAAGGCACCUGCUGGUAUCGCUGCAUUGAGGAAACAGCUUGAGCUCAAAAAGCAGUUAGAGGAGGAGCAGCGUCGUUUAGAAGAGGAAGAAGAGCAGCGACAAAUUGAGUUGGAGAGAUCUGCGGCAGAGAAAGAAGCAGAAGCAGAAGCAGCUCGCCAGGCUAAGAAAGAGAAGGAGAGACUAAAGAAGGAAAGAUUGAAAGCUGAGGGCAAGCUUUUGACUAGAAAGCAACGUGAGGAAAAGAAAUUACAAGAUCGUCGUCGGGAAUUGCUUUUACAAGGUAGUGGAGUCAGUGUUGCUGGUUUGGAAAAGAAGGACGCUUCCGAGAAAACCGAAAAGCCUAAAAGAGUCGUCUACACGAAAAAGAAGUCAGGUAAGGCAAAGACUCACGAAACCCAAGGUACAAACGAAGAUGUCAAAAACGAUGACGAUGAUGUUCUAGAUGAUUGGGAGCAAAUGCUUGAUGACGAAGAGCAAAUAGCAGGCAAAGAUACUUCACAUUCGACCCAGACUUCUCCCGAGGCUGAUACAACAAGCCUGAAAGCAAACGCCACUCCAGUUGAGCAUGAAAGCACUGAGGUCGCAGAGAAGCACUCUUCCACUCCUACCCCCUUGGAUAAUCAGAUUGUCGAAAAAUCAACGCACCCCAAUUUAUCUUCUCACAGCGCCAAGGAAAUGCGUUCUCCAAUCUGUUGCAUUUUAGGUCAUGUCGACACUGGUAAAACCAAACUAUUGGACAAAAUUCGUCAAACAAAUGUUCAAGGUGGAGAGGCCGGAGGUAUCACCCAACAAAUUGGUGCUACGUAUUUCCCUGUUGAAGCCAUCAAGCAAAAGACCGCCGUUAUGUCGCAGUAUGAGAAGCAAUUUUUCGACGUCCCUGGCCUUUUGAUUAUCGACACUCCGGGGCACGAGUCUUUUACUAACUUGAGAUCUCGUGGCUCUUCUCUCUGUAACAUUGCAAUUUUGGUGAUCGAUAUUAUGCAUGGUUUGGAGCAGCAAACUUUAGAAUCAAUCAGACUCUUGAGGGAUCGGAAAGCACCAUUUGUGGUGGCAUUGAAUAAAAUCGAUCGUCUUUUUGAUUGGGAAGCAAUUCCUAACAACUCAUUCAGAGACUCGUUUGGGAAGCAGAGCAAGUCUGUUCAGGGUGAAUUUCACAACCGUUAUGAGCAAAUCAAGCUUGCUCUCGCAGAACAGGGUUUGAAUUCGGAGCUUUACUUCCAGAAUAAGAAUAUGUCGAAGUACGUCUCAAUUGUGCCAACAUCUGCAGUAACUGGCGAGGGUGUUCCUGACCUUUUAUGGUUGUUGCUUGAGUUGACUCAAAAGAGAAUGUCGAAACAGUUGAUGUACUUGUCUAAAGUGGCCGCCACAAUUUUAGAAGUGAAGGUUGUUGAGGGUUUCGGAUACACCAUCGAUGUUGUGUUAUCAAACGGAGUUUUACGAGAGGGCGACAGAGUUGUGUUGUGUGGUCUCAAUGGGCCUAUUGCCACGAACAUCAGGGCAUUGUUAACCCCACCUCCAUCCAGAGAAUUGCGUAUCAAGUCGGAAUACGUCCACCAUAAAGAGGUGAAGGCGGCUUUGGGAGUCAAGAUUGCAGCGAAUGAUUUGGAGAAGGCCGUUGCGGGUUCUCGAUUACUAGUCGUGGGGCCUGAUGAUGAUGAAGAUGAGCUCAUGGAGGAGGUCAUGGACGAUUUAACAGGCUUGCUUGAUUCAGUUGACACAUCGGGUAAAGGUGUUGUUGUACAGGCCUCCACUUUGGGAUCAUUGGAGGCUUUGCUCGACUUUUUGAAGGAUAUGAAAAUCCCAGUUAUGUCUAUUGGAUUAGGCCCAGUCUAUAAGAGGGACGUGAUGAAAGCAACCGCGAUGCUCGAGAAAGCGCCAGAGCUCGCUGUAAUGUUGUGUUUCGACGUCAAGAUUGACAAAGAAGCAGAACAAUACGCAGAAGAGCAAAAUGUGAAAAUCUUUAAUGCUGAGAUCAUUUAUCACUUAUUCGAUGCAUUUUCCGCCUAUCAGGCCAAGUUGCUCGAAGCCAGACGAAAGGAAUUCAUGGAAUACGCUGUUAUCCCUUGCGUGUUGAAGACGAUCCAAAUUAUCAACAAACGUAACCCUAUGAUCAUUGGUGUCGAUGUUAUUGAAGGAACUGUGCGUGUCGGAACACCAAUUUGUGCAGUUAGAAAGGAUCCUACGACUGGCGCUGCCAAUAUUUUGGUUUUAGGUAAAGUGGUUUCGUUGGAAGUCAAUCAUAAGUCUUCUGAUGCUGUGAAGAAGGGUCAGACAGCGGCAGGUGUUGCUAUGAGAUUGGAAAACCCAUCUAGUGCGCAGCCUACUUGGGGAAGACAUGUCGAUGAGACCGACAAUUUGUACUCGUUGAUUUCUAGGCGGUCUAUUGACACUUUGAAAGAUCCUGCGUUCCGUGAUUCUGUUCUGAGAGAUGACUGGCUUCUUAUCAAGAAGUUGAAGCCUGUAUUUGAUAUUAAGUAA